GACAGGAAGAGGAGGAACUGGCGAGGACGGAGGACUACAGAGAACACAAACCACCGUUACUGUGCAGCCGAACCUGACCAGGCGUGACACCGGAGCACCGAGGCCAUGCUGAGGGCUUGUCUGAGAGGGGCCAACGCCACGGCCCGGAACCACUGCAGGAGAAGCCCUGGAACCAGUCUGCAACACUGCCGGCACUACACCGCAGGAGAGAGCAGCAGUGGUGCCUCCAAAGUGAUCGCUACUGGCUUGUUGACAGUAAGUGGUGGCGUUGGAGGUACGAUACUCUAUGCUAAAUGGGACCACAAGUUCAGAGCAGCUGUUGAGAAGAAUGUGCCGUACUCAGACCGGCUGUUGGGUCUGGCUUUGGGACCUGCACCUCAGGAUGUGGGCCUCCCUGUCAAAAACCAGGUGGAGUUAGCUCAGCCACCCUCGAUGAUGGAGAAACAAGUGAAGGCACCCAAAGCCAAGUCAGAGAAGAAAGUGAAGGACUCAGCAGGGAGUCCAGCCAAGGAGCCCAGUCCCGUCGUGACACAGCCUGCACAGAGCAUAGAGGAAAUGUCUCAGGAGGCUUCAGCAGAGGCCACUCAUAUCAUCUCAGCCAUCAGUGAGGUCCCAUCAGUCCCUGCUCCAUGCGACACAGAGGCUGCAGCAGUCAAAGAGGAGUGUAAAGAGUGCCAUGACCAUAAGGAUACCCCAGCAGCAGUUCAUCCCAACGCAGAGUCACCUUCGGCAGCAGAACCACUGAAGGAGCGUCCUGUAGAAGAAGUGGCAGCUAGACUGGCUCAGCAAGACCAGGAGGAACAGGACAUUCUAGCAUCUGUAUCAGCCAGUCUUGAAGAGUCACUGGCAAGCUCAGCUAAAGCUACACUGCAGGCCAUUGGAGCUCAGGAGGCAGCACUGCAGGCCAUCACACAGCACACACACAAGCUGAAGGAGGCUAUGGAGGCAGAGGUUCCUCCUCAGGAGAAGUCAGCCCAGUGGAAGGACCUAGAAGCUGCUCUGGCCGAUCGAACCUGCUCUGUGAACGAUGCCGGCACUGCUCUGCUGAAAGCCAAUGAAGCCCUGGGCGCUCUCAGAUCAGUGAUUGAUGACUCCAAAGGACUGAAGAUUGCUGCUGUCCACCCGCUGGUGUUGGCAGCGGAGGAGAAUCUCCACAACAUGAUAGUAGACCUGGACAAAGUGGUCACUAAGGUGCAGUCUGCAGAGUCAGAAGCUAAAAUCGUGUCCCAGUACAGUGAACUGGUUAAUGAAGCCAAACAACAGUUUCAGAGGGAAGUCAGCAGCCUCACUCCAGAGAUCCAGGCCAACUGGAAGGGCCUCACUGGUAAACUGUCGGCAGACGACCUGAACGCCCUGAUUGCCCACGCACACCGUCGCAUCGACCAGCUGAACCGAGAGCUGGCUGAGCAGAGGGUCCGAGAGCAGAUCCACAUCGAUGCAGCGCUGGAGCAGCAGAAGCUGGAAGACCAGAAAGCUCUGGAGAAAGCUGUCAACACCAGCCUGCAGCAUGUCAAAGAGGAUGCUCGGCUGGAGCAGGAGAGGAAGCUGGCUGAGCUACGUGAAGUGAUGGAGGCGGAGAUGAGAACUCAGCUCCGGCGGCAGGCAGCUGCUCACACAGACCAUGUCCAGGAUGUCCUCAAAGUCCAGGAGCAGGAGCUGAGAGCUGAGGCUGACCAGGUCCUGAGUAGUAAGAUGCUGGAGCAGGAGACCCGGUACCGUCAGCUGAACCAGGAGCAGCUGGAUAACUUCACUCUGGACAUGAACACUGCCUAUGCAAGACUGAAGGGGAUGGAGGAGGCUAUAGACAGCCAUGUGGUGGCAGAGGAGGAGGCCCGUAGAGCCCACCAGCUGUGGCUCUCUGUGGAAGCCCUCAACUACACUCUGAAGACCGCCGAUGCUGAUGUGCCCACCGUACCUCUGAAGAGUGCUGCUGAGGCUGUGCGAGACAGCUGCCACGACAAUGACUUUGCCAUGGCUCUGGCAUCAGCUCUUCCAGAAGAGUCCCUGCACCGCGGCGUGUACAGCGAAGCUUCUCUUCGCGCCCGCUUCAACUCCCUGCGCUCACUGGCCCGCCGGGUCGCUCUGAUUGAUGAAUCUCAUAACUCCUUGUACCAGUAUUUCCUGUCCUAUCUUCAAGCAGCUCUCCUGUUUGAGGAUAAACAGGAAGCCCCACCCACACAGCUGAGCCGCGAAGAUUUAGACCCGUUCAAGCUUCUGUCAUAUGCUAGCUACUGUCUGGAGCACGGGGAUCUGGAGUUAGCAGCUAAGCUGGUCAACCAGUUGAGAGGAGAAGCCAGGAGAGUGGUGGAGGACUGGCUCACUGAAGCCAGACUCACACUGGAAACCAGGCAGGUCGUCAGUUUGCUGUCUGCUUAUGCUAAUGCCGUGGGGCUGGGAACCACCCAGGCUCCAUAGGCUGCUGCCGCUGUAAGACGGCAGCCCUUAAGGGAACAGUUGAAUAAAAACCUGUCUCUGAGUACCAAGAAAGCUGCCCAUCGUAUGUUGGAAAGGUAGCGCUGCUGGUCGCGGCUGUAGCUUAGCUUGUAUUUCUGAGGAGGAAGGCAACUGUAGUGAGCUUGGAUUGGCAACAGCAAAGGGGGAAGUGUGAGAUACUCAAGAGAGAUGUCCAGAUGUGUUCCUUUAAGGUACCUGAAGUCAAGGUGUCGGAUGUUAAGAUGCAACAUAAAUGUGUUUUAAAGCACUACAUGGACAAUUUAUUGUUAAAUAUAACUGCACCCUGUCAGCCUGGUCCUACCAAUGCAAGCGUUCAGGUUUGGUCCAGUUAUUUUAUUCUGGCAAAUUCCUUUUUUCUUUGAUUGCAUGACACGAUAACUCUGAUUCAACUGUGUGUCCCGGUUCAUUUAUGUGAAUAAAGUCAUGAACAAAAGUG